AUGCAUGUUGCUCAAGGUAAUACACCAGCUCUUGCUACUUGGCUUCCCCCUAGUAUUGGCAGGUUAAAGUGUAAUGUGGACGCAGCAUUGGUGAAUGGUUGUGUGUCGUUUGGUGCAGUGCUACGCGAUCAUUUGGGAAAUUUUGUGGCAGCAUGUGCAGGACGUCUGAAUUGUCCACAUGACCCUUAUCUAGCUGAGUCCAUGGCAGUUAAAGAGGCCCUAACCUGGCUGAAGGAUCGCACUAAUUCGCAUGUUACUAUUGAAACGGACUGUUUGAAUUUCUGUCGUACUUUUAAUUCUUGUGUUAAGGACUUUUCUUAUGUCAGUGUAGUUGUUAAGCAAUGUUGUUCUAUUGAUAGAGACAUCAGGGACAUUGUUGUCUGCCAUGUCAAAAGGUUAGCGAAUCACGUGGCUCAUGUGUUGGCACGGGCAGCUGGUUCUUUCCCUGUCCUUUCUAUGUGGGAUUCUGUCCCUCCAAGUUGUAUUUCUGAUUUGGUUGUGUUUUAA